AUGCCAGACAUAGAGGUAUAUGGCCUGCUCUCUGCUGCCGCCAUUGGCUGCGCUCUUGUUGCCGCAACGUCGCUCAUCCUGCGAUAUGGACAAACCCCGUCUACCGGGCCGUCGCUGCCUCCAACCAUCAUGCCGGAAGCUGGAUUGGCUGCAGACCGAUAUUCCUCAAUUAUUGGGAUUAAUCAGUUCAUAGCACGCUCCGUCGGUUGCACGCACUACUCUGAGAUCGUACCCGAUGUUUCCCAUAUCGAGAAGGUCUUCUUCAAGCAAAAUGAAGCAUUCGACAUCCACCCAAUGGGCACUUCGAUGCUACGGCGAAUCUUUUGGUGCGAUUUCAGAGGCAUCGCCCGAGAUGAAUAUAUCGAGAUGGUUGAUGGAUUCAUGGAAAUUGUCGCGCGAGAUUUUCUCAAUGAGUCAACCGUUACAGCCACUCUUCACCGGGGGAUAUUGGGAGCAAAGUGUCUUCGCUAA